AUGGCGUUUAUUAAAGAGGAGAGUGAAGAUGUGAAGAUUGAAGAAACAUUCACAGUCAAACAAGAAGAUCUGCAGGAACAAACAGACCGGAUGGUGCUGAAGGAAGAGACACAUGGACAGAAUGAAAUAGAUAAGAAACAGCAGUUUGAGAAACCACAAGAAAUAACGACUGAUGAAAAACCCACACUGACUAAAAAGACUUCAUUACACGGAAGACCUCGGAAAUCCAAAUCUGGGUGUAAUUUCAGCUGUAAACAGUGUAGAAAGAGUUUCAGUCAAAAGUCAAACCUUGAUGUUCACAUGAGAGUUCACACAGGGGAGAAACCUUACACCUGCGAACAGUGUGCACAGAGUUUUAGUCAAAAACAAUGCUUAAAAACUCACAUGAGAAUUCACACUGGAGAGAAGCCUUUCAGCUGCAAGCAGUGUGGAAAGAGUUUUAGUCAAAAGCCAAACCUUGAUAUUCACAUGAGAGUUCACACAGGGGAGAAACCUUACUCCUGCGAACAGUGUGGAAAGAGUUUUAGUCAAAAACAAAGCUUUAAAACCCACAUGAGAAUUCACACUGGAGAGAAGCCGUACACAUGCCAACAGUGUGGAAAAAACUUUCGUCAUGCAAGAAAUUUGGCAGCGCACAUGAGAACUCACACUGGAGAGAAGCCUUUCAGCUGUAAACAGUGUAGAAAGAGUUUCAGUAAAAAGGCGAACCUGAUUGCUCACAUGAGAGUUCACACUAGGGAGAAACCUUACACCUGCGAACAGUUUGGAAAGAGUUUAGGUAAAAAACAAGACCUUUACAUCCACAUGAGGAUUCACAUGGGAGAGAAACCUUACACAUGCACAGAGUGUGGUAAAAGUUUCCCACAUAAAAACACACUCAAACACCACAUGAGAACUCACACUGGAGAGAAGCCGUUUGCAUGUGCUCAGUGUGGAAAGAGCUUCUCAACCAAAGCUAGCCUCAAGAACCACAUGAAGGUUCACACUGGAACCAUAGUGUUCACAUGUGAUCAGUGUGGAAAGAGUCUCACACGCAAAGACACCAUUAAGCGACACAUGCAGACUCACUCAGGAGAGGAUCGUUUUAGAUGCAGUGAGUGUGGAAAGGGCUUUAAGUGUAAAAGAAGCCUCAACACUCACCUAAAGCUUCACAAUGGAGAGAAAGACAAGAAUUGUUUCAUCUGCACUCAGUGUGGAAAAAGUUUGUCAUGCAAAAACAAACUUAAGAUUCACAUGAUGAUCCACACUGGAGAGAAACCAUUCACAUGCACUCAGUGUGGGAAGAGUUUCAGCCAAUUAUCAUCCCUUAAUCUACACAUGAGGAUCCAUACUGGAGAGAAACCAUACACAUGCACUCAGUGUGGGAAGAGUUACAGCCAAUUAUCAUCCCUUAAUCUACACAUGAGGAUCCACACUGGAGAGAAACCAUUCACAUGCACUCAGUGUGGAAAGAGUUUCAGCCUAUCAUCAAACCUUAAUAAACACAUGAAGAUCCACACUGGAGAGAAACCAUUCACAUGCCCUCAGUGUGGAAAGAGUUUCAGCCAAUCAUCACACCUUAAUAAACACAUGAGGAUCCACACAGGAGAGAAACCAUUCACAUGCCCUCAGUGUGGAAAGAGUUUCAGCCAAUCAUCACACCUUAAUAAACACAUGAGGAUCCACACUGGAGAGAAACCAUACACAUGCCCUCAGUGUGGGAAGAGUUUCAGCCAAUCAUCAUACCUUAAUAAACACAUGAGGAUCCACACUGAAGAGAAACCAUUCACAAUGUACACAUCCGCAAGUCCGUUGCUAAUUAAACACAUACGGAUCCACACUGGAGAGAAACCAUUCACAUGCACUCAGUGUGGGAAGAGUUUCACUUGGGUGCAUUGUAUUAGUAUUCACAUGAUGAUCCACACUGGAGAGAAACCAUUCACAUGCACUCAAUGUGGGAAGAGUUUCAACCAAUCAUCACACCUUAACAAUCACAUGAAAAUCCACACUGGAGAGAAACCAUUCACAUGUACUCAGUGUGGGAAGAGUUUCAACCAAUUAUCACACCUUAAUCUACACAUGAGGAUUCAUACUGGAGAGAAACCAUUCACAUGCACUCAAUGUGGGAGGAGUUUCAACCGAUCAUCAUCCCUUAAUCUACACAUGAGGAUCCACACUGGAGAGAAACCAUUCACAUGUACUCAGUGUGGGAAGAGUUUCAACCAAUUAUCAUACCUUAAUCUACACAUGAGGAUUCAUACUGGAGAGAAACCAUUCACAUGCACUCAAUGUGGGAGGAGUUUCAACCGAUCAUCAUCCCUUAAUCUACACAUGAGGAUCCACACUGGAGAGAAACCAUUCACAUGCACUCAGUGUGGAAAGAGUUUCAACCGAUCAUCACAUCUUAACAAUCACAUGAAAAUCCACACUGGAGAGAAACCAUUCACUUGUACUCAGUGUGGGAAAAGUUUCAGCCAAUCAACAUCCCUUAAUAAACACAUAAGGAUCCACACUGGAGAGAAACCAUUCACAUGCACCCAGUGUGAGAAGAGUUUCAACCAUUCAUCGUCCCUUAAUAAACACAUGAAAAUCCACACUGGAGAGAAACCAUUCACAUGCACUCUGUGUGGGAAGAGCUUCAGCCAAUCAUCAUCCCUUAAUCUACACAUCAUGAGCCACACUGGAGAGAAACUAGAAUGUCUAAUCAUCUUGUUUAAUCCCACUCCUUUUGCAGCGUCAUACAACAGAAUUUCUCAUGCUCAAACACUAGUGUGACUGCAGCUUCGAUGUGGGAUGAGUUUCAGCAACUCAUCAGAACUUAAUAAACACAUGAAGACCCACACUGGAGAGAAACCAAUCACAUGGACUCAGUGUGGGGAGAGUUUCAACAGAUUAGCAAACCUUAAUGAACACAUGAAGAUCCACACUGGUGUGAACGAGUAUAUGUGCUUUGAGUGUGAGAAGACUUUUAUUACAGCUCAAAUUGAAACUGCACGAGACGAUUCACACUGGAGAGACCAUACAAGUCUUCAAACUGACAAGAGGUUUAAUCAGUUAACACAUCUGAAAACACAAAAGAGGAUUCACACUGGUGAGAAACCGUACAGAUCUGAUCAGUGUCUACAGAGUUUCACUCAUUCGGCACAGCUUAAGAAACAUUUGGACAAAAAGUUGCACAGAAGACAUGAAUCAAUGAAUUAUUUACAAACACUGGCUAUUUUACAGUUGUUUACUGCAUAAUCUACAGAGUAACAGUGCAGUUAUA